AUGUGCUACUCAUCUACUUCUCGUCAUUACAACCACUCUCUUCCUCCCUCUUCUCUCCUCCAGCCCCACGUCAACCACAGCGCCCACGGCUCCAUGCACUCCUUAGACACUGACCUGGUGGCAGGGGGCCCCUUCGAUCCCUACAAAGACUGCCUGCGGAGGGUCCAGUCCACAGACAGCCUGGGUUCCUCUCCCGGUCUCCAGGGCCUGGGGGGCCACAACCAUAAGGCCAAGUCGGCCAGCCACCUGGACGAGUCCGACUUCGGACCCCUGGUGGGGGCGGACUGCGGGGCCUCUGAGGGCCUGUUUGGCUUUGGGGACACUCUAUCGGUCAGCUCCAUCCAGCUGACGGCCGGCCACUUCCUUCUCACCAAGGUCUUAAAUCUACCUUUAUUAUACAUUUAUUGUGUCUGUAAAAUGUGUAGAGUUUUUUUUUUUUAUGCCGUUUUAAAUCAAGUUUGAUUUGAUAUGAUCCAGGACCAGGAGAAGGCCAUCAAGGCCAUGACACCGGAGCAGGAAGAGACUGCCUCGCUGAUGUCCAGCAUUUCCCACGCCCCCGACACCACCUUCCUGACCCCGUCAGGCUACCGGUUGGUCAGUGACCAGGAGUGGAACCUGCUACAGCAAGAGGUCAGACAGUUUCAUACAGUGUUUUAGUUCAUUUAUAUUGUAUGAUGUUUUGGUUGGGCUUUGUUUUGCAGUUCGACAUUUUUACAUUUGAGUCAUUUAGCAGACGCUCUUAUCCAGAGCGACUUAGUUAGUGAGUGCAUACAUUUUCAUACUGGCCCCCCGUGGGAAACGAACCCACAACCUUGGCAUUGCAAGCGCCAUGCUCUACCAACUGAGCUACACGGGGCCAUAUUGUAUGCUAUACCUCGUUUACAUGGUAAAAGUUGUUGGCUUGUAAUUCCAUAACCCCAUAAUCACAUUGGUUCAAAACCACCACUAAGUACCAUUUAGUACCAGGUUUCCGUUAGGAAAAUGUGGCGCCGGACAUUUACCGGUAGCAUUUUAAUUUACCGGCUAUUUGAGAAAUCUACCGGACCCAUAUGCAUUGGGUGUGUAACCUGAUUAGGGCGUCCACUCACGGUGCUCAGAAUGAAAUAAAUCACAUUUGGAUUAUGGUAAUUCAUAUUAACAGAACAUGCCCUUGCCUACCUGGACAAAAGGAACACCUACGUGAGAAUAUGCCGUUCAUUGACUACAGCUAAUCAUUCAACACCAUUGUGCCCUCCAAGUGCAUCACUAAACUGAGGACCCUGGGAUUAAACACCUCCCUACACAACUGGAUCCUGGACUUCCUGAUGGGCCGCCCCCAGGUGGUGAGGGUAGGCAACAACACAUCCAACAACGCAGUGUGGUGCCAGGACAACAACCUCUCAGGAAGACAAAGGAGCUGAUCGUGGACUACAGGAAACGGAGGGUUGAGCACGCCCCCAUCCACAUCGACGGGGCUGUUGUGGAACAGGUCGAGAGCUUCAAGUUCCUCGGUGUCCACAACACUAAGGAACUAUCAUGGUCUACACACAUCAAUACAGUCGUGAAGAGGGCAUGAACAUGCCUAUUCCCCCUCAGGAGGCUAGAAAGAUUUGGCAUGGGUCCUCAGAUCCUCAAAAAGUUAUACAGCUGCACCAUUGAGAGCAUCUUGACUGGCUGCAUCACCGCUUGGUAUGGCAACUGCUUGCCAUCCGACCUUCCAAGGUGCUACAGAGGGUAGUGCGUACGGCCCAGUACAUCACUGGGGCCGAGCUCCCUGCCAUCCAGGACCUCUAUACCAGGUGGUGUCAGAGGAAAGCCCUACCUAAAUGUACAUAUCUACCUCAAUUACCUUGUACCCCUGCAGAUGGACUCGGUACUGGUAGCCCGUAUUUAGCCAAGUUAUCAUUACUCAUUGUUUAUUUAUUCCUUAUGUUAUUAUUUUCCUACUUAUUCCUUGUGUUAUUGUUCUUAUUUUGUUUUCUACUAAUUCUCUUGUAUUUAUUUUGCAUUGUUGGGAAGGGCCCGUAAGUAAGCAUUUCACUGUUAGUCUACACCUGUUUAUGAAGCAUGUGACAAAUAACAUUUUAUUUGAUGUGCGGUCCUUCUUACCGAAUGCUGGUGUGCACUUUGAAGAUGUUUAGAAUAACUGUCCACAUUUACUUUCCCUCAGCCAACAAGACGAGUAACGAACACCAAAUCACUAGCCUAUGUCCAUCUACUAUCCCCCAUAGUAGAAAAGUUUACCUAUUCAAUUGGUCAGUUUGUCGAGAAAGAAAUAGUCUAUUCCAAACACUCUGGGACAGUUGGGGGACUAUAGAUCCCAAAUUAAUACAACCAGUAGGCCUAGGCUAUACAAAAGUAAUGUUAAAAAGCAAUGAGUCUUAAAAAUUAUGCAAUGGAUCAGAACGUUUAGCUUUUCACAUUAUAAGCGCAGCAAUGCGCACAAGACAGUAAGUAGGCUACGGCGCGAAUGUUCGUUCUAUAAUGCAAUUAGCUGGAAAACACUGUUGUCAAAAGCGCACUGCACAUGCGAGCGGUUUCAUGUGACAGAUAAAAAUAUCUAUUAGAAUUUAGAGGGGAGAUCUAAUGUGCAACAACUAGCAUGUGUUGCUAAUAUGACUUGGAUUUUGCCUGGGGCUACUGGACAAUGAAAGAAAGUUUAUAUAUAUAAUAAUUGCUUUCACGGAUAUGGUCGGAUUUUGGUAGGCUACUUUGACUUGCCUCAUAUGUAGUAAAAGCAUUUGCUGUUUGAGAUGCUGUAGCAGCAGCUCUCGCGCUAUCUGACAAAUGGUAGAAUAAAGUCAACAAUCUUUACACUGCUAUGAAUUGUGUACAGUUUAGUCUGCUCUCAUGGACAGCCCCCAGUUUCUAUAUACAUCUUUCUCCUAGACGUAUUUACCAUGUGGUAUUCCUCCUAAGUGGAUUCUUGGCUAUCUGUCACUAGGUGAAGAACGCAGGGAGGAAGUUGGGCCGGCGGUGUGACAUGUGCUCCAAUUACGAGAAACAGCUGCAAGUCAUCCAGGGCCAGGAGGCAGAGACACGCGAUCAGGUAACGCCCUCCCUGAGACACUCCAUUACAGUUGGACUUUCUGAGAUGUUUACUAAAUGCCAAGGAUACGUAAAGGGAAGGUUCAUCUCAAAAUCAAAGUCCUUUAUUAUAGACAUAAUUAUAGAUAAAUGUGAUCUUUAGUAUUUCCAUAUUCCAUGUCAGCUGUUGUGGGGCUCCCACUAAGCUAUAUGAAUUAGAAUAAAUAUGUCGACAAGAAUCCUAAAUGAAUGGAAAAGAUUUGCACCAUCUGAUUAGAUGGAAAAAGAGUGUGUUAACUGGUGCCUAGCUCUCCCAUUCAUUUCUCUGGUUCUUCUCAGGUAAAGAAGCUCCAGGUGAUGCUGCGGCAGGCCAACGACCAGCUGGAGAGAACCAUGAGUGAAAAACAGGAGCUGGAGGACUCUGUAAAACAGGGAAACGAGGAAACCACUGCCAAGGUCUGUCCUCAUUACACACACUUCAGAGUCCUUAUGCAAAAAGCGUAAAGUAUAGUAAGUGUAAAGUAAUCUUUAUGCUUAGCUCUUAUGUUGUUUGAGUAGUUAUUUGUAAUCUUCAAAGAAUGUACCAUGCUCCCUGUUGGAAUGUGGAUAAAUCGGCAUACGUCAUUAUUUUUCUGUAGAUUGUAUGUUUGUUCAGUUAUCCCCUGGAGCAUGCUGAUUUCUUUCUUUGUGUCUCAGGUAGCUGCUCUCAUGCAGAGAGUCCACGAAUCGGAGUCGCUGCUCAACACACUACAAGAGGCCUUCAGUCAGGCCAAGAGGAACACACAGGAACAGAUGGUGAGCAGCACUUCUCCACUACACCCUCUCAAUAUAGCCUUUCUUUGGGCCUCCAGUGUCUCAAUAAUGUCUGUCUGUGCCAGAAAGCCUGUGUAAAUAAAGUUAGCAGCCAAAGCAUUUGGACAUUCCAUCGCUGCAUGUGCCUUUUGAUUUAGUGAUGCAACUGGCUUCUUUCUGGAAUUAAGGAGGAUGUUUCUCCUGCCAAAGAGAUAGAGCUGGUGGAAAUGUGAUGUAGUGUUCUGCCAGUGAAUCACACCUGAAGACUGUGGUCGGCAGUUCCAUUUUACAGUACAUUGAAUCAUCAGGAGGAAACAGGAUGAUGACAUGAUUUGACAGAGUGCUGUUUUUGCCAUAACCAGGCAGUGCUGAUGCAGUCUAGGGAGCAGGUAGCGGAUGAACUGGGCAGACUGCAGAUGGACAACGACAGCCUAACAGGCAAACACAGACUCCACGUAUCUCUCCAGCAGCAGGAGGACUUCAAACUACCCAUCACAGUGCAAGUACGAAACAAUCAUUCACAGCCACCAUUUUGAGAAUUGCUCUAAACCAAAGCCCUCUAUUUUUUUGUAUUUAUUUUGUCACACAAAUUCAUAGAUUAACAGAAUAAUGUCUCUUGACAUCUGAAUAAUAAACAUGAGUAAUUUGCAAGGACCAUCCAGACUCUUCAUUUUUUCCUGAUGAUUACAUACCAUGCGUUCAUAGCAUUGACAAAGAAGAAAACAACAAUAAUAUCCCAAAUAUUCAAAAGUUAAAUCCAAGAGGGAUAAGGAAGUGUGUAUUUUAGGCCUAGAUUUGGCUUCAAGUCAUAUUCUAAAACUUUGGUUGCGUUCCAGAUACACAGAUUCUGUACACAUUAUAGGAGCGUUAUGUCAUGUUGAUGUGGUUCCUGAGAUGUUAAACACUUCUCCUGGAAUUGUAAAGAUCUAGUAAUGUUAGCAGACCUGCACAUAAUCUGUCUUUCAGAAAUGAAACAAUCCCCUUGUCUGACCAGGUAAUAUUUCACUGACUUUGGUUGACGAACUGGCAGGGGACAACAUACUAGGGCCCUUCAGGGUGUUAAGGAUUCUAUAGUGUACUUGUUGACUGCUUUGACAUGAACAAGUCUUUAGAGUGAAUCCAAACCUUGAUGAAAAUGCGGUAGCUAAACCCUCGUAACCACCUAACUGAUUCUUGGUUUUUUUCAUCACAUAUAAACUAAGAUAUUGCAGUAUUCAAUUACUUAAAAUAGCUUUUUAAAUGAGUGAUAGAAAUAGGAAUACGUUGGAGUAAAUGAAGAAAAUGAAGAAAUCUUAGAAGAACUGAGAGUAACGAGUAUGAAAGGGUUGGAAGCAACUGAAAUGUAUGAGUAAGUCAUCACCAUACACUUCUCCAUGCGCACGGUCCCCAGAAGCAGACGACCAUCUCUGGUUCACACCAUCGAGCUAUUUACAUGUCCAUCAGGUACUUCUUUCAGCAUUGUGACUCACUUAAAUUGGUACGUGCAACUAUUUCUGCUCCCCUCUAGGAACUACAACCCCUGGUGCUGCAAUUGCGGGAGGACAUAGUUGCGGUGCGCACGGCUGCAGACCACCUGGAAGAGAAGCUGAAGGCGGAGAUCCUGUUCCUGAAGGAGCAGCUCCAGGCAGAGCAGUGCCUCAAAGAGAACCUGGAGGACACACUACAGCUGGAGAUAGAGGGCUGCAAGGAGGAGAUAGGUGAGGCUCCCAUUCCCAUUCCUUAGGCUUGACACAAGGAUAGAUCAGAGAAGGGUGAGAAGAACCAUGGAUGUAUAUUUCGCAUACAUUUAUGAAAAGCUACUUUUUUGUGCUAUAAUCCUCAAGAUAUCUAUUGAUUAAUGUGCCAGAUUUAUCAAAAGUUUAAAUUGUAUCUGUAUUUUCUGGGCAGGUGUAGAAAGUGGUGUACUGUACUUAAUUAAAAAUAGUAGUUUUAUGGGGUAUCUGUACUUUACUAUUUAUAUUUUUGACCACUUUUACUUUUACUUCACUACAUUCCUAAUGAAAAUAAUGUACUUUUUACUCCUUACAUUUUGAAUGCUUAGCAGGACAGGAAAAUGGUCCAAUUCACACACUUAUCAAGAGAACAUCCCUGGUCAUCUCUACUGCUUCUAAUCUGGCAGACUCACUAAACACAAAUGCUUUGUUUGUAAAUUAUGUCUGAGUGUUGGAUUGUGCCCCUGGCUACCUGUAAAAAAAUAAAUUAAAAAAUGGUGCCGUCUGGUUUGCUUAAUAUAUGGAAUUUGAAAUAAUUUAUACUUUUACUUUUGAUACUUAAGGAAAUGUAAAACCAAAUACUUUGACUUUUACUCAAGUAGUAUUUUACUGGGUGACUUUCACUUUUACUUGAGUCAUUUUCUAUUAAGGUAUCUUUACUUUUACUCAAGUAUGACGAUUGCAUACCUUUUCCACCACUGGGUGUGGCUGUUCAUGGCUCUGAGUUGAGCUGUCUGGACACCCAAUGCAGGUGCAGAGAGUGAAUACGAGCAAUAAAGAAAAUCUUGACAUUUGCAUUUUAUAAGAGCCAGAGAUGCUAAAUAUGACCGUUAGCUCAAACUUGUAUGACUUAGUUGUUUCAUUAGUACACAUUUCAGUUACGGGAUGAAACGUGCUGAGCUAGUGUUCAGCUUCACGGUCCCAUAAUGAACUCUUCAGCGCAACUGAACGCUGCUUCUCCACCAUGAAAUUGUCUUUUCCUUUGAACUUCAUGAAAGACCCUGGCUUUCACAUCCUCUGAAGAUUUUUUUAUUUCCUUUGUACCCUCUCAUAUCUUUCUUUUUCUCCUGUCCUUUUUUCUCGGUUGGUGAUUGUUGUUCAGACAUCUUGGAAGGUACGAAAAACACUGUCUGACGAACCUACUUAGGCUGUUUAUGUAUGUGUGUAGAGGUGUGUGUUAAUGCUGUAAAUGUUGGACUAAUGACCGUAGGGCACUAAAACUCACUCACUGCAGUAAUGUUUUAGAAAAUGUGGUGUUGUUUAAAUUCUUACACAGGAACACUCAAAGUCAAUCUUAAAUCAAUCAUUGUUUAUUGUCAGCACACUGGAGAGUUUCCAACAAACUUGAUGGACCAUAGUGAACGUCUGUCAGGAGCCCUAACAGGGCAGUCCCGUUUAGUUCCCUUAUAUACUGGUUACAGACACAGUUCAUAGGGUUGGUUCCGGCAUGUGUCUGGCACCGUAUCCCAUCUUAACUUAUAGAACAUAUUCUGGGAGUUCUGCCAACUAGUCUAAAGGAGGAGGUCAUAACGCCCCUCCCUCAUAUACUUACCAGGCACAGGCAGGAACCAAAAAUGGUUUGACACCAAAGACAAGAUGCACAAAAUAACAUUUCCUUUACAGUAUAGGCAUGAAAGGAUUAUGGAUGUGCAUAGCACCUGUUGUCAUAGUCCAGUCAUACAUCUACAUUUUAGUCAUUUAGCAGACACUCUUAACCCUAAUUGCACCUGUAAGUUGUUCUGGAUAAGUGCCUUGCUCAAUGUCAUAGCUAUUCACUUCACUCUUCUAAGUCAGCAUGGGUAUGACAAAAUAACAUGCCUCACUACUAGUAAUACCAUUAAUGUGGCUUAACAUCACCGCUUUGUGGUUGUCUAUUUUGUCUUCAGAAAUGUUCAAAUCAAAUGCACUGCUUAAAGUGCAGAAAACCCAUGUUCUGCAGUGGCUGAAUUCUGGCCCAAGUUAUCAACACUUCCCUUGAUUGCUCUUUGUGUCAGUCUUAUAGUUUGGAGGAGCACUGUGUUUGCUUGCUUAGUAGCCCACACACCACUCUCCUUGGCAAACCGUGGUAAUUCAUUCAUGAAUUGACGACUAAUUUUCCAGGAACCACAUUAGAAGGCUAGAAUGCAUGUCUGAGGUUGACGUUCUGAUUUACCAUCACAAUGACACUUUAAUAAGCCUUCUAUCUCUUUUCUCUCCUUCCCCCAGCGUCAUUCUCGAGUCUGAAAACUGAGCUGGAGCGUGUGAAAGAUGAGAAAGAACAGGUAAAUGAGCUGUAGGGAGUCUGCAUGAGUCACUCCUCUGAAUGUGAAGUCAGAUUUCCUUCAGUGGCUGCCUUUAAUAACAUAAUCCUAGCGAAGGCCUACAACCACUGGCUUGUUAGAGUAGUAGUUGCUGUUUUGAAAUGUGUGGAAGAAUAUGUAGGUGUGAAUUAUUUACCAUCACCAAUGUGUUAAUGUGAAUACCUCAUGAAUGUACAACAGCUAAUAUCAGUGGUCACCGACCAUAGUUGCGUAGAGCUACAGGGUGUGAAGGCUUUGGCACAAGCCUUAUGUACACACCUGAAUUAACGAAAGUCUUGAUGUUUAGUUGAAUUUGACGUUUGAGUUCUGAGCUGGAACAAAAGCCUGUGCACCUAACUCUCUACCAGGACCAGGGUUGGAGACCACUGGCUUAGCAUAAUUGUUUUGCAGUGCAGACUGUUGGUAGCCUUGUUGGCGUGCAGACCACGUGACACAGCGAGAGGAGCGGUGCCCCACUGGUCUGGACAGGUGGCUGUUAUUACAUAUUCCUUUUCGAGAGUGGACGCAUUGAUUGGUUCUCUUAAAUAUUUGUUUUUUCCUGGGGGAUUGGAUUUGAAAAUCCAACAGUUGUAAUGGAAGGAGGCGGCGCUCUGGGACUGUGUGUGGCUGUCCAUGUGGGUGUUUGAGUGAGAAAGACACAGAGGAGAACCAGUAAGGCAAAGCCCCUUACAUUAUCGACACAUCGUGCUGACAACCUCUAACAGCCUCCCCAGACUCUGAAGUCAGGAGGACUUCAAGUUUGGUACUAGACUAUUUGUGCCAGUAGUUGAUAAUAACCCUAACUGAUGUGCUAAUUUCCCAGCUGGAGAGCAGCUUGGCAGAGAAGAGCAAGACAUUAGAGAGUGUCCAGGGUCUGAAGAGCAGUCUGGAGGAGCAGCUCAGAGAGCUCUCCACCACCAAGGUCAGAGGUCAUUCACUGCUCAGACAUACCAGACAGCCUGUAUUUUAGAACCAGCCACUACUGCUGUUCCUUUCUCACCUAUCUGUGAUAAGUCUCAAUAUCCUGUGGGAGUAGUGAUACUCAAUGUGUGUGUGUCUGUGCACUGUGUAUACGGUGUGUGUGUGUGUGGUGGCAGACUGCCCUGGAGGCUCAGGCGUUGGAUGAGAAGGACAAAGCCCAGCGCUUGCAGACGGAGCUGGACGUCAGUGAGCAGGUGCAGAGGGACUUUGUCAAGCUCUCCCAGACCCUCCAGGUACGGACCGCAACACUGCCAGGUUACCAUGGCAACCAGUCUCUGAGAUCGCAAACUGGUUACUCAAGUUAUUUUCUUCACACUGGGGUGUUCAACAUUCAUAGAUAUAGUCCAGUCAAUAGGACAGCAAAUGCACCUCCAAUUAUGUAUUCUAGGGUAUGUACGACCAUGACGCUUCCAUUGGUAAGCAAUGCAUGCCUUCCCCUAUAAAUGGAUGAGCACUUACUUGCUUGUAAAAUGCAUAAUAGUAUUCAAUCAACAUUUGUGAUGUAGAUCUUAGUCAUACCUUUCUAUUUGACAAAAACGGAUCUUUACCUUGUCUGACCUUACACUUGAUAGGUCCGCAUGAUCGUGGCGUUACUAUGGCAAUGGUACUCCAACUCCUAUAGUACACCUCUUACCAUGGCAACCAUAUUCAGCACCUCAUCAGUGCUUUUAACACUAUUUGAUAGUGAUUUAUUUUACCCUGUCUCUGAUGUGCCGCCCCUGAUAUGUGAGAUGUAUCCUACAUGGCUGUUUGUGUAUUUCUAGAUCCAGGGUAUAUGAGGUCCGGAGCCUUCUGGUUUUCUGUUCUACCUGAUAAUUAAUUCCACCCAACUGGUGUCCAAGGUCUAAAUCAGUCCCUGAUUAGAGGGGAACAAUGAAAAAACACAGUGGAACUGGCUUAGAGGUCCAGAGUUGAGUUUGAGGGUUCUAGAUUAUGUAGUAAAUUAAAUCAUUCAAUCACGCUCUUCCCCUCAGGUCCAGUUGGAGCGGAUCAGACAGGCUGACUCUCUAGACCGUGUCCGAGCCAUCCUCAACGACACCAACUUAACUGACAUCAGCCAGCUCCAAGAGACAUGAUACCCGUGGCUGAAACUGCAUUCUCACUCCUUCCACUCUCACUGGCCUAAUGACAUUAUCCCACCCCUCCAGGCCACUCCCCCUCCUCUUCCCCCCCAAUGGAAGGGCUCAGGAGGGAUAAGAGCUGUGUGGGUAUUUUUAAAUAAAGACAAAAUCCAAGGUGGAGGACAAAAAAAAUCUAUAAUUUGAGAAGAUAGGAGAAAAGGCCUUUUCUGUACAGGGGGAUUUAGAGCACACCAAGGCAGGAGUGACCGUGAACACUACUACUAAGAGGUUGCAAAUAACUAAAUGACUUUUCCUGCAGUGGCAAUUCUUGCCUGUUUAUCUGUCCUGUGUUUCUACUGUAGAUAUUGGACUGACCAUAUUAGCCCAACCAAAGGAGGAGUUUGUAGUCUUCUAAGGCACUUUCAUCUACAACAGGGAUCAUCAACU